AUGGUAGACUUCAACGAUUUAAGCGUUGAACUAAAAAAAACAGAAUUAAUAAAAGAGGACCUGAGAAAUCUAAGCCAUAUAAUAAAUAAUGAAUUUAGUUACUUUUGUCAAAAUGAAAACAAGAACGUAUCUUUCAACAAUAAUAUUAGUAGUUAUUAUAAUGAUGAUAUAUUUUCUAAAAGUACAUUAAAUAAUUUAUAUACAUCUUGGAAAUUAGAAGAUUUUUCUCAUUUUGAUUUCAGUAGUAUUUUAGAUAUAUUAAAAAGAAAUCAAUAUGUUAUGUGUAGUAUAUAUUUCCUCCUAAUUUUUUCUUGUAUCUAUUUUUUAACAUUAUUAUUAUAUACAAAAUGUAUAAAAACAACGUUAAAAAAAUGGUUCUGUAGAUAUUGUAGUGAAAAUAUAAAUGAAAAUAAUAGUAAUCAUAAUGAACAAAGAACAGUAUUACAAAAUGUUAUAAAUAAAUCAUGUUAUUUUAUUACUUAUUCAUCUAUAAUCUGUCUUUUAUUAUUUCUUCUACUUUCUGGAAUUACAUAUAUGCAUUAUUUUAUAAAAACAAAAAAAGGAAUACAUUCUAAUAUUUGUAAUAUUUAUACAAGGCUUGAUAAAUUCUUAUUAAAUAAAUGUCUAGAUCCAAAAAAAGUUGAUACCUCGUGUUAUUCAGCUGAACAUAUAUUGAAUGAUCUUUCUUCCAUAUUGGAAGAAUAUAAAAAGGUGAAGCAACAAGCAAAGGACGACACGUUGCUUGACGAGAACACUCCCUUCCCCCUACUCGAAAGAUACAUUACAACGUUCAAUAAGCUAAAUGUACUAAAAAACAAUAUAAAUAAAAAUAACACAACACUCGAAAACGAAUACUUCCACACAUAUCCAGCCCUCAAAGGAAUCAGCGAAACACUAACAACCAUUAUUAGUGAAGGCAAUAAAAAUUUCGGAAAUGCCAGAAAUGUUAUUAAAGAAGUUAAAAGCACAAUAAAAUAUUCGUUUCAUACUGUUGACGAAACCAUAAGAAAUGUAUUUAAAGAUAGUGUACCUAAAAUUACAGGAUUAAUAACACAAGCUGGGAAAUCUAUCAAAGGAAUAAAUAACAAAUAUAAAAUUAAAGAGCGUAUUCCUAAAUAUACAAAUAUUAUUUUAUUAACUAAUAUUAUUUUAUUGUUACCACCAUUCUUAAUAUUAUUAGGUAUCAUAAUUUUUAUGAUAUUUAUUCUUAUGGGAUAUAUACAAAAAAAUAAUAAUUUCUUCAUAAAAUUAUUUGGUCAUUUCAGUGCUUACUUUGGUUUACUCACUAUAAUUAUUUUAUCCUUUGGAAUACUAUUCUUAAGUACUUCAGUCAUAGGAGGCACAUCUUGUAUUUUAUCAGAAAGAAUUUUAAAAAAUGAAUUACGUUUUGAUAUAUUAAAUAAUACUCUUAUAGAUUAUUGUAUUAAAAAUGAAAGCGCACCAUUAAUUGACGAUGAUAUAACAACAAGCUUUGUCGCUAAAAUUAAUUCUUUCGAUACAGGACAUAUAGAUCAUAAUAUAAACGAAUAUGAAAAACAUUUUACAAUUUUAAAAGAAUCUUUUUUUCAUAAGUCAUUAAAAUUUAUGGAUUAUAUAUGGAUUGUUAUAAUGAAACGAGAAAAUAAUACAUUUUUAAAUAGAAUAAGAACUGAACAAGUCAAAAAAUCGUUAUUAAUAACAGGUAUUAUAAACGAAAAUAUUAAAUAUGAAAAUAUGGAAGCUAUAGGUAUCAGAUCCUAUUUAACUACGUUGAACAAAAUUAUUUUUCCUGAAAAUAAUGGUAAAAUAUGUUUUAAUGAUAUCAUAUGUGAAAAGGAGAAUAAUACAUAUAAUAUUACUGAGAAUUCAAAAACAACCGAUCAGAAAUAUAGAAAUAUACGUGAUGGAAUGGAUGAACAUCUUAGAAACGAUUUGGAUGCUAUUGUUCAACUCUUUGUUUAUAAAGCACGUAUUCUAAAAGAAAAUAUAUUCGAUAUUAACGAUCUUGAUAGUAACGAAAAAAACAAAAUAGGAUGGAGCGAAUAUACACCCAGAAAUAUAAAUGGAACACAAAAAAAAUCAAUCAUUAAUACUUUCCUAGUAAAUGUUAUUGAAAGUAUUAACUUUUCAGAAAUAAUAAAUUUCUUUGAUAAAAUGAGAGAUCAAUUUAAUGUACUUAAAGACCUAAUUCUAUUAAAAAUUGAUACAUUAACAGAAAAUACAAAAUGUAAUAAAUUAGUAAAAGAACUUAUUAAUGUCAGAAAAGAUUAUUGUAAUAACGUCGUUUUGAAUUUAUCUACUUUAUCUGUAUAUUUAAUUAUAUUUUCCAUCACUUCAUUUUUAUUAUGGUAUCUAUUUCUAUUCUUGUGGUUCUAUUAUAAUAUUAAACCAUCAUAG